CCUAACAGCUGGCUAUUUGCAACAAAGUCUUAAGAGAGAAAGAGCUUUGAUUUUAUCUCCACCAAGAACAAGAUUCAUUUCAAACUUCCAUCCGAUCGCGUUUUUGACUCAUUUGUACCAUAAACGUGAUCGCUUAAUUUUGUCGAAUGAUUUUGCUUUGAAGUUUCCCCGCUGCGAAUUGACAUCGAUCGAUUCAGUUAAAUAGUUAGAACCUUGCAUUGACGGAAUAGUUGAAUUAUUGACCUUGGGGGUAAUAGUACUAGAACAGCAAACACACUAAAAGGACUUCCUUGUUGAAUUUGAUACCAUAACCUCGAACGGGCUCUAAGUUUUACCUUUCACAGCAACCAACACUUUUCCCGGAGCCUAUGAAGAAGAAGAAGAUCAGGAAUCGACGCCGUGACACAAUGGAAGCUCGCAGGGAAUAUUCAAGUUGUCAUUGGUAAAGGAUCUGAACGAUUCUUCUGUCAUGAACAAUACGAGUACUGACUAUAUCACUACGAAACUGUCUCGGUUUAGUAUUAUAAAACUUACUGUUGAGGUGUUAAUAGCUUUGUUUGGAAUAUUUGGAAAUGUAUUGGUGGCGGUAGUUAUAAAAGGACUGGGAAAGAAGAAAACGACAACAGAUCUCUACCUAUUGAACUUAGCCAUUGCAGAUCUUGGAAUUUUGUUGUUAACAUUUCCGCUGGUAGCCAUCAGGGAAAACGCGCCGACGAACUGGCCUCUUGGUGAGUUCGUCUGCCUGUACUCGUAUCCGAUACCUGAAAUAUUUCAUGGAACUUCCGUUUGGUUCAUUGUUGUCAUCGCCAUCGUGCGAUAUCGGGAAAUAGUUAUUCCGCGAAAAGCAAUCAGGAACAAAAACAAAAUUUCGCUGAAAUAUGCGAAGACAACCGCUGUUUGUAUUUGGGUAGCGUCGUUUCUACUUUUCAGUUUACCAUUCUAUUUUGUGGUAAGUUUUGGGCUGCCUCCCGGCGAGGUCGGAGUAUGGUGUGGGCCAAUUUGGCCUUCUUUGAUUAUUGCGCAAUUGUAUUUAUGUUUGUUGACCACAUUUGGCUACAUUAUUCCUCUUGGUGUCAUAUGUUGGACUUAUCUAGCAAUAUCACGAGCAAUAAACCGUAGCAGUAACUUCCUGUUCGCCAUGAAAAGGGGCCAAGAUGGCGCAGAAGGCAAUUUGCAAGUUGCUGUGACCGGCGUUCAAAGUAUUCGUCUUCGACAAAACAAACGCGCAAAGAAGAUCUUAACACCUGUCGUUGUUGUAUUUGCGAUUACAAUGUUUCCUUUGACUAUUCUCCGCCUCACUCUGGCGUUUUGGCCAUCCCUUGCGGAAAAGGACUAUUAUGAAAAUACGUUGUUCGCAGUUACAUUAUUUGUGAUAGCAAAUUCUUCCGCAAAUCCUGUUAUUUAUUCCAUAGCAAGCAAGUCCUUUCGCAAAGGGAUGACGAAUCUAUAUAGCAAAUGUCUGAUAAAGUGUCUGUGAAUAUCUGUCAAUUAAAUAGUAACAGGUUUGUCUGUACAAGGUUUUGAAAUACGCGAUCUCAAUUAAAGUAAAAAGUGUGUGGUUUGUAACUCCAAUGGUCUUACCAUACGAAGUGAUCGCGACAAUUUGUCAUUAUGGUUUCAAGAGAGAGGCUAGAAUUAAGUGAGGAGAGAACUAAUAUCUAGAAUAUGGUAUUAGUCGACAUUAAGUAGAGAAGGACAUAAUCAUUACUUCCAUUCUGAUAUUUGCAUGUAGUUCGCGUGGGCUGAUUUCAGAAUGAUAAGUAGUAAGGAUGUAACACCUAAGAGAUAAGUAAUUAAGCACUCUGACCCAGAAUUGGCUGCUGCUCCCUCGUAAAAAAACUCUGUAAAACUACCUCAGGCAAAAAUUGUUGGGGAGAUAAAAUCAUAAGGAAUUACUAUAAUUUCUAGUUUCUUUUCCUAAAAUCACGACUUCAGAUACAGUAGUGCCAGGCCCUCGUUUCAGUCGCUUCUGCUUGCUAUUACAAACACCGUGAUUAGAAUGUUAUUUGAGUGCUGUUUGGCGCAAAAAUCUAGCAGAGAUAGACUUUUAAUCCGAUCACAUCCCAGAGCAAGGAUUCAUCAUAAUCUGAAUUUGAUUUUUCAUUCUCGUCAUUAUAGGAGUUACAUACGCAUUUCAUUAAAACUUUAUUUAUAAACAGAAUAGGCGCCUAGGUUGUUUACUAAAUCUAAAUUCACUCUAAAAGAUCUAAAAACAACAAUGAAUUUCUUUGAUAGCAAUUCUGGUGCGAUAAUGUUGUUCGAAGAUAAUAUACUCUAGAUGUUAGCUUCUUGUCAUGUGCUUGUUUAUUGUAAAGACUAUGACUAUUGCGUCGCAAGGCUAAAUAGCUGUCAAGGGGGACGACGUUGCCGUAGAGACGUCAACAUCGACUUAACUUUAAAAAAGCUUUUUCUUCAAUCUGAGAUCAAAGUCAUACGAUUUACUUGAGUAUUUCAAGCUACCUUGCUGUGAUGUUAGUUUGACUUACGCAUCUGUUAAGUGGCCACAUAGCAUGUAUGAAGACGUUUAGCUGUGCGAUGUGAGACUAAUUAAAAAAAAAUGCCAUAACUUAUCA